UGAACCGCCUGUGGGCGUGGUCCUCAUUGAUCUCUUAUAAACAAACUGCGCUAUCUUCUGUGUUCCCUCUCCCGCCGCUCGACCAGUCUUCUCCUCUUCAAAAGCUAGGGUUUUGUUUGAGUCCUCCUACUUUUCGACUUCAUUUUACAACAUGGUUCUUCAAAAUGAUAUUGAUCUGUUAAAUCCCCCGACUGAGCUGGAGAAGAGAAAACACAAGCUCAAGCGUCUUGUCCAGUCUCCAAACUCUUUCUUCAUGGAUGUGAAGUGCCAGGGUUGCUUCAACAUAACCACUGUUUUCAGCCACUCUCAGACUGUUGUGGUAUGUGGCAACUGCCAAACUGUCUUAUGCCAGCCCACUGGUGGACGGGCUAGGCUAACAGAGGGCUGCUCUUUUAGGAAGAAGGGAGACUAAAUGGUGCUUCAUCUUUUGUUUAGUUCGGAUGUUUUCACUCGUUAGGCUAAGAUGAAAUCAACUUUUUGUCUUAGAUUAAGUUAUGUUGGUAAUUUAGAUUGUAGUCCUUUUCACACAACUGUUCCUAAGAGUUACAAUACCACCAAGUUUUGAUUUUUUUCUUCAUUGAAUUGCGUAUGGUUUUGUUGAAUAUUUGUUUUCCUUUGAAUGGUAUAGAUUGAUUGAAUUGUUGGUUCUUUGAAUAUGAUGUCCUUGUGUUCCAUUGAAAUGUUAAUGCUCAAGUUUUUAA